GGGGCCGGGGCCGGGACGCGGCGCGGGAGCAUGGAGCCUCGGGCCGGCUGCCGGCUGCCGGUGCGGGUGGAGCAGGUCGUCAACGGCGCGCUGCUGGUCACCGUGAGCUGCGGCGAGCGCAGCUUCGCCGGGAUCCUGCUGGACUGCACGAAAAAGUCCGGCCUGUUUGGCCUGCCCCUGUCGGCCCCGCUGCCUCAGCCCGAGGACCCCCCGGUCAACGGCUGCCACGGCCCGGCCCCCGCGGAGCAGGACGGAGAGGCAAUGCAGCUGGGGACAGUCCCUCCACCGCCUCCCGACGGGGACCAGCCCCCCGAGACUGCAGACCCCAAGCCACCGCUCGUGCCCCCGUUCCCACCGUAUUUCGAAGGCGCCCCCUUCCCUCCCCCGCUCUGGCUAAGAAGCACCUACCGGCAGUGGGUGCCGCAGCCGCCCCCCCGGACGAUCAAGAGGACACGCCGGCGUCUGUCCCGCAACCGUGACCCGGGUCGGCUGGCCCUGAGCCCCAUCCGCCUGCGGCCGCGCCAAGUACUCUGUGAGAAGUGCAAGAGCACGCUGAGCCCCCCCGAGGCCAGCCCCGGCCCCCCGGGUGCCCCGAGGCCGCGCAGGAGGGUGGGCAGCGGCCCUGGCUUUGACAGCGAGCCCCGCAAGCCGGAGGACCCGGCCAGCGGUGGCGACCCCGCGGCCACCACGAGGAGGAGCAAGAGGGAGAAGCGAGAGGAGGACAAGGCCCGGGUGCCACGGAGCCCGGCCAUCAAGAUCUCCUACAGCACGCCCCAGGGCACGGGCGAGGUCGUGGAGAUCCCCUCCCGCGUGCACGGGUCCCUCGAGCCCUUCUGCCCCUCCCAGGCCCUGCACGGUGGCGGCCAGGACCCCAGCGGGCCCAGCGCCUCCAUCCCCAAGCUGAAGCUGACGCGCCCCGGGCCCCCUGGCGCCGGCCUGCCGCCCCCCAAGAUCCGCCUGAAGCCCCACCGCCCGGGGGCCGGGGAGCGGGAGCCCGUCUACAGAGCCGAGCUGGUGGAGGCGCUCAACGGCCACGGGCGAGGCCCCCGGGCCAGCUCACCCUCUCUCCCGGGCCACGGCUCCGCGGGCCGUGGGCCGGCGGACUCGUCUUCCGGAAGUUCUGGCGAGGAUGAUGACUUCAAGCGGUGUCCCCAGGGUAAACCCCAGCAGGACGGCCUGGCGUUCCUCGCCGCCUGCCCUAGGAGGGGGACGGACUGUGCCGGUGAAUCUGUGUGGAGCAGCGACAGCCUGGACGAGUCCAAAUCGUGCAGCUCAGAAGUGCCGUCACCGGACACGUGUGACCUGUCCGGCGACGGUACGUCUGUGAGGUCCUCGUCCGGGACCGCGAGGCAGACGGUCCCGCCCCUGACAGUCAGGCUGCACACACAGAGCGUCUCCAAGUGCGUGACUGAGGACGGAAGGACCGUGGCCGUAGGGGACAUCGUGUGGGGUAAGAUUCAUGGUUUUCCUUGGUGGCCAGCGCGUGUCCUUGACAUCAGUCUUAGCCAGAAGGAGGACGGGGAGCCUUCCUGGCAAGAAGCCAAAGUCUCGUGGUUUGGUUCUCCGACUACGUCAUUCUUGUCUACUUCAAAACUCUCCCCUUUCUCUGAGUUUUUCAAACUGAGAUUUAACCGUAAGAAGAAGGGGAUGUACCGGAAAGCCAUAACGGAGGCCGCCAAUGCCGCGCAGCAUGUGGCCCCGGAAAUAAGGGAGGUCUUAACCCAGUUUGAGACGUAAGCCGCCCGACCAGGUCACCGACGGUGAGGGCGCGGCUGUUCUCCUGGAGCUUCUGACUUUGGGGGUGCCCUCCGCAUCACCUGUUCCGUCUGAGGGGCCCCGUGUGCCUUCUGGCCAGCAGCCUGCAGAAAAGCGCCAGGCCCACGGUGGCCAGCCUGCUGGGGGGUCCCCAGAGGGGAGCAGGUGUGUGUGGGGAGGAGGACAGCCCCCAGGAGCACCACGGCUCCUCCCCGCUGAACGUCUUUAUUCCCCCGACUCAGGCUUUAGCUCCUGUGGUUUGUGAAGUUCCAGGAGCCCACGACGCACUUCCUGCUGCUGCCUCGCCCACUGGGGCACCUAGCAGAGGCGAGGCCUGCCACCCCGCGUCCAGGUCCUGGGCCAGGCCCCCUCAGGCCCGCAGGCUUCCAGAAACCAGCUUGCACGUGUGGGGCGCUUCCUCCCCAAGCCCUCGGCGCGGGGUCUCUGUGCACUUGAGAACCCGGAACCUGCCCGGCCUCCCCCAUGAUCCUCCCAAAGCUGGGGGCCCGCGGGCGCCCUGGCGGUGAGGGCCUGGGGAGGGGAGCCACUCUGGGAAUGCGGGAGACUUCCAAAGGAAAACAGCUUGGCCUGUUGUUUGUAGGAGCUGCUCCUGUCUCCUUUCUGUCACUUUAAAGACCAAAAAGAAAAAGAAAGAAACAGAAAACGAGUUCUGCUCCUUCUUUA